AUGGCUCGCCUGUGUCCGCAGAAGGACACGCUGCUGGGGAAGCCCCGCCACCCCAGCUCCAAGUCACAAAUGUCUCCAGGGGAGACACUGAUCUACUUCCUUGAGCGGGAUUCUGCUUGGGCCGCCAUCCCUGCGGGCCACGUUCCUGGAAAAGGCUUCAGCUCUGCUGACCUCAACGUCCACCUCCCCAGCCAGAGCCCCAACUCCCAGCCAUCUCCUGCCCUCAGACCCCUCGUGAAGCCCAAGAUUGUCAAAAAGAGCACUAAGAAAUUCAUCUGGCACCAGUUAGACCGAUAUGUCGAAAUUAGGCGGAACUGGCAGAAACCCCGAGGCGUUGACCACAGGGCGCGUAGAAGGUUCGAGGGCCAGAUCUUGAUGCCCAACGUUGGUUACAGGUGCAACAAGAAAACAAAGCACAUGCUGCCCAGUGGCUUCCGGAAGUUUCUGGUACACAGUGUAAAGAAGCCUGAAGUGCUGCCCAUGUGCAACGAAUCUUACUGUGCUCAGAUUGCUCACGAUGUCUCUUCCAAGGACUGCAAAGCCAUUGUGGAGCGAGUGGCCCAGCUGGAUCGGGUCACCAAUCCCAACUCCAGGCUAUGCAGUGAAGAAAAUGAAUAG